UUCUAUUGGUGAUGAUGUUAAACUUAUUCCUCCUAUUCAAUUUAUUGAAGAUUUAACAGAGAACACAAAAAUGUAUGGAAAUUUAAAGGAUACACUUGCAAAAAAUUUCCAUAAAUUAACCUGGGAAGAUAAGUUCCCUUGGAUAUUUGAUGUAUUGCUUCAUAUUUAUAAGUUACACGGUUUAGGCCAUUGUCAUAAGAAUUUCCAUAGUGGAAAUAUAUUACAAAAUAAAUAUUAUAAAUCGUCUAGUUUAAGACUUACUCAUGUUACAGACAUUGGAUUAUUGGGACCAGCAGACCAACAAGAAUCCGAUGAUAAAAUAUAUGGCGUUUUGCCAUAUAUCGCACCAGAAGUUUUACAUGGGGAACCUUAUACUUUAGCUUCUGAUAUUUACAGUUUUGGAGUCAUUAUGACAGAAAUAUCUUCAGGAAAGCCACCAUUUUAUAACAGAAAACAUGACAGCACAUUAGCUUCAGAUAUUUGUAAUGGACUUCGUCCAGAAUUUGGAAACGGAACUCCGGAAUUUUAUAAAAAUUUGGCCCAUAGAUGUAUGAAUGCUAAUCCCGAUCAAAGGCCAACAAGUAAUGAGUUGUAUGAUAUUUUUGAGUUUUGGGAUGGCACCAAUUAUGAAAAUUAUACUCGAAGCGGUUCUGUACAGACUUGGUUAUAUCCAGCUGUGGGAGAUCUUCGUGAAAAUUUAGUAAAAUUGAAACGUAAAAACACAUUCAUGAAGCAACACAAAGAUUUACCUAUAUUUCGUUAA